AUGCGUGACCACGGAGGGUAUCAGUGUCCCAUCCUCAAACGCCCCCCCUCUCAGUGUCCCAUCCUCAAACAGUGUCCCAUCCACAAACGCCCCCUCACAGUGUCCCAUCCACAAACGCCCCCUCACAGUGUCCCAUCCUCAAACGCCCCCUCAGUGUCCCAUCCUCAAACGCCCCCCUCACAGUGUCCCAUCCUCAAACGCCCCCCUCUCAGUGUCCCAACCACAAACGCCCCCUCACAGUGUCCCAUCCUCAAACGCCCCCUCACAGUGUCCCAUCCUCAAACGCCCCCUCUCAGUGUCCCAUCCAAACGCCCCCCUCUCAGUGUCCCAUCCUCAAACGCCCCCCUCUCAGUGUCCCAUCCUCAAACGCCCCCUCACAGUGUCCCAACCACAAACGCCCCCUCUCAGUGUCCCAUCCUCAAACGCCCCCUCUCAGUGUCCCAUCCUCAAACGCCCCCUCACAGUGUCCCAUCCUCAAACGCCCCCUCAUCCUCAAACGCCCCCUGUCCCAUCCUCAAACGCCCCCUCACAGUGUCCCAUCCACAAACGCCCCCUCACAGUGUCCCAUCCUCAAACGCCCCCUCACAGUGUCCCAUCCACAAACGCCCCCUCACAGUGUCCCAUCCUCAAACGCCCCCUCACAGUGUCCCAUCCCAUCACAAACGCCCCCUCACAGUGUUCCAUCCAUCCCCCCUCACAGUGUCCCAUCCUCAAACGCCCCCCUCACAGUGUCCCAUCCAAACGCCCCCCUCACAGUGUCCCAUCCAUAAAGCCCCCUCACAGUGUCCCAACAAACGGUGCCCCAUCCACAAACGCCCCCUCACAAUGAGGAUCCACAAAUAUUUUCUCAAUGAAAAUUACAGAUGA